AUGGACGAUUUUUUAUACGGAUUUCCACCGCCGCCCAUUUUUUAUCAGAAAUAUAGUCUAAAAUCGCCCAACCAGGAGAAUCCACUAGAAUCCAAGCUCCAAGAAAUAAAGGAGGAAGGAAAAGAUUCGCAUUACCUAGUUUUUAAUUAUGAAAAACUAAAAUGUUUCGAUGGGCCACCGCCUCCACUACCUCCGAAUGAAUCCUGGUAUUCGUUCGGCACCCAAGAGAAGUUCAAGGAGGAUGAAUUUGUACUGGAUUCCGAGACACUGAUUCCCCUGGAAAAUCAGACGAACGAUUUGAGGGAAAGCUUCAAGGUUUUGUACUCGGAGUUCGUGAGUUCAAUCCUAACGUACCUGGACCAAUUGAAAAACGUAACUAGCUAUUCGGAACAACUCUAUUCAGAUGAACAGCGAUUCUAUAUCGGAAAUUAA